UCUAUGGGGCUUCGGAGGUGAAAAGGUGUGUUCCCAGUUCAAGGUGGGCAAACAGCAGAGCCAGGCUGAGAUCCACCCCUCCUGACAAGGAGGCCGGGGCCCUCUCUUGGUAAUAUUUUGCUGGGUGAAGCCAUGCCUUCCGUGUCUUUCGAAAUUCCCUGUGGAGUCUAGUGCUGUUCUCGGAACUUGGAGCCAGAAUCAACUGACCUUUGUCCUUGGGGCAAAGACAUGGUCCACGAGCCCAGUCCAGGGACAUAAAGGGAGAGUGGGUCUGAACCCUUGCCCUCUAAAGUGGGAAACCUCAUGUCCUGCUCCAGAUCCGUCAGAGCGCGGGAGACACUGUCCCACCCAGCUCACGGGGACAGCGGCAAUGCGUCAGGACAUGGAGGUGUGGAAGCAGGUGUUCCAGGAAUUAAUCCGGGAGGUGAAACCAUGGCACACAUGGAAACUGACACUAGACAAAAGCCUUCUUCCUAACAUCCUGAAGCCAGGGUGGACACAAUACCAGCAGUGGACCUUCGCCAGGUUCCAGUGCUCCUCAUGCUCUCGAAAUUGGGCCUCUGCCCAAGUUCAGGUCCUUUUCCACAUGCACUGGAGUGAGGGGGAAUCCAGGGGCCAGGUGAAGAUGAGGGUCUUUGCCCAGAGAUGUCAGAAGUGCUCCCAGCCUUCGUUUGAGGUUCCCGAGUUCACAGAAGAGAACAUCUCUAGGAUCCUGAACAACCUGGUGCUGCGAAUUCUGAAGAAAUGCUAUAGAGAAGGAUUUACGUUGGUGGAGAUUCCUGUGAUCAAGGAAAUCUCUCUUGAAGGGCCACAUGACAGUGACAAUUGUGAGGCAUGUCUGCAGGGCUUUUGCAUGCAGAGUGAGUCAAGUCUGGCCAUGUGGUCACCAAUAUCCCCAUUACCUCCCACAAUAAGCUCACCCGUCCUCGGGAUCACCACCGAAAUACCUUCUCCCACGAGGAGUAGCACCGGAGGGGAUGCAGUGAAGAAAAAGAAGGUAUUACCCAGACAGUCGUUUCCUGAGACCACACAAGCUGAGAGCCUCCCCACUUCCUGGAGCCCGGGAGCAAACACCAACUUCCAGGCAGAGAGAAGAGACCAGAACUCCUUCAACAAUUGCACUUUCUAUUCCCACACAGCCCAGCAUACCAGGAGCUUAGGCAUGAGCUGCAGCUGUCUCAUCCUAAUAAUCAUCAUUGUAAUUGUGGUGAAAACCACUAUCUGAGCCUGGAAAGCAUGAUGUUGAGUUAAAAAAAAUCAGACACACAGUCAUCUAUUGUAUAAUCCCAUUGACGUAAAAUAUUCAGAAUAGGUAAAUCUAGAGACGGCAAGUAGAUUUGUGGCUGCCAAACAAGGGACUGGGGGGAGAGAGGAAAUGGAGAGCAACUAUUUAAUCUGUAUGGGUUUUUUUGGGGGGGUGAUGAAAAUAUUUUAGAGGUGAUGG